AUGGGUAAAGAGACCUCGCACACAUCACGUCCUCGAAGUUCUUUGUCGAGUACAAAUGUCGCUGCACAAUCAUGGCCUGAGGAACGCGCGCGAACCACACUUCCUCUCUCCUCUUCUUCGCCAGAGCUUUCCUCUACCCACUCCUCAAUCCCAUUUCCAUCUGAUCCAUAUGCACACCUCUCGAGCACCCCUUGGACACUUCCAGAGUACCUUGAACUACUCUCACUCGUCCACUACGUCUCCCACCACGAUUCCACUUACGAUAUAUGCCUUGACGGCGACCACCACGACUGGAGUCGCAUAGCAAACAUGCUCAACUCCCUACGCCCUUCUACUUCCGGACCCCUACGCUCAGCCUGGGACUGCUGGCAUCGGCUCACUGUGCCCUGGAUCCGAGCUCCGUCCACCUCAGUCUCCGAAGAGGAAAGAGCAAGUAGUUCUCUAUUUUCUCACGCACCCGGAGUGCAGCAUUCCUACAAAUUCGUCGACCUGGCGCAGCUGAUCGACGUCUAUGACAUGCUUGCGCGCGUCCUGGCGACCGCACUCGAUGAUCCAAUACAAGCGCUUCCCCCCGUAUCUUCUGCGACGGCAGUAUCUCCGCACUGCACACCGCCAUCCGGCCGCCAUUGCCAUCCUGAAUACCCGGGGCCCGGAGAACCCCCGAAUGUUCCACCGCAUACCUUUGGAGAUCCUCACGACUGGGGCCUGUCUCCGUGGUUUCAGAUGUGCGCCGUGAACAGAACCGCUCUGGGUCGGAUCAUGGACGCAGCCAGAACCGAACGUCCUGAUCGGCAUGCCCUUCCACCUGACCCAACAAUCAAGCUGCCUGCCCACCUGCGAAAUGCCAUCCCGCCCCCUUCGCCGGUCAUGGUCAAUGCGCGACACCGGUGA